AUGGCUGAUGCACUCAUUCCCGUGCUGCUACGACAAUUAGCAGUGCUUGAGGAUGCGGAGAAGAGGCAAGUGAAGGAAGCCACCUCGAGAGAUUGGUUGGAGAAGCUGAAAGAUGUGUCAUACGAGAUGGACGACGUGCUGGAUGAGUGGAACACUGAAUUUCUAAGACAACAAGUUGAGAAACAAGAAGAGGAAGAAGAAGAAGAAGAAGAAGGUAAAGAUGCUCUUGUUGCCAAGAUGAAGAUAAAAGACCUGAAUGAUAGGUUGAAUGAGAUUGCUAUAGAAAGGCAAACAUAUAACUUUCAGACCACAGAAAAGGGCAUUGAACAUCGACGAGAAAGUUCAUCCUUUGUCGAUAUUUCUAAAACAUUUGGUCGAGAAAAUGAAAAAGAAUUUAUUGUAAGCAAGUUGAGCGAGAGUAGUGUGAAAGGGUGUCAUCCCCUUGUUAUCCCUAUUGUAGGGAUGGGAGGAAUUGGAAAGACAACUCUUGCCCAACUGGUUUAUAAUGAUGAAAGUAUUAAAGCUCAUUUUGAAAAAAGAAUAUGGGUCUGUGUUUCAGAGCCUUUUGAUACUUUCAAGAUUGCAAAAGCUAUCAUUGAUGGUAAUGGUACCCCAAACUCAGAUGGGUUGGAAGCUUUCUUGCAAUGUAUGUCUAAAUCUGUUGAGGGUAAGAAGUUUCUCCUUGUCCUAGAUGACAUGUGGACCCAAGAUCAUAGAGAGUGGGAGCAAUUAAAGUUACCAUUGCAGAAUGGUUCUACAGGUAGUAAAAUAUUGGUGACCACGCGCAAAGAAGGGGUUGCUAUAAUGAUGGGAGCAGAGAGUGACAUGAUCCGUUUGAACGAAUUGAGUGAACCAUAUUGUUGGUCAUUAUUCCAUCACAUUGCAUGUUUUGAUAGGGGAGAAGAUGAGUCUAAUGUGUUUGAAGCUAUUGGUAAAGAUGUAAAAAAGUGUAAGGGUUUACCCCUUGCGGCAAAGACUCUAGGUAGUCUCAUGCGCUUUAAGAAAACAAGAGAAGAAUGGGAAGAUGUUUUGCAUAGCAAGAUAUGGGAACCAGAAGAGAUUGAACGAGAAUGUUUUUUUCAAGAUUUUGCAGAAGAUGAUUUCGGGAAUGUUAGAUUCAAAAUGCAUGAUAUCGUGCAUGACUUUGCGCAGUUUCUUACCAAGAAAGUAGCUUUUGUUAUAGAAGUUAAGGAUGCUAACAAAAGAAUUGAGCUACCAGGUUAUAAAGUCCGCCAUUUGACAUUAAUUGCACUCGAGGAUCCAUAUGGAUCUCACACUUCAUUAUUAGCUCCAGUUUCAUCUGAAAUUUGCAAAAGCAUGCGUACCCUCACAACUUUUGGUUCAAGAAUCAGUACUUUAGACCCAGAUUUUAUUUUGCAAUUGAAAGCCCUUAGGACAUUAAAUUUGAGUUAUAACAUAAUCGCGGAACUUCCAAAGGAGAUUGGUGAAUUGAUACACUUGAGGUAUGUUGAUUUGUCUCGUAAUUAUCCUUUAGUGGAAUUACCGAACACUAUGUGCAGUUUAUACAAUCUGCAAAACUUGUGCCUGGAUUUUUGCCGGCAACUUGCAACACUGCCCAAGGCCAUGGAGAAACUGAUUAAACUAAAGCAUCUCCAUGUUAUGUGCUGUGAUGAGCUAAAGUACUUGCCAAAAGGGAUUGGGAGAUUAACAAGUCUACGAGCAUUAGACGGGUUUCAUUUAUGUGGUGGUGAUGACAAGAAUGACACGUUCAAGUUAGGUGAUCUAAGACUGCUGGACAAGCUCGAGGGCAGCCUUUUUAUAAGCGAGCUUGGGAACCUGACAGAUGCAAGUGAGGUUAAGAAAGCACAACUGUGGAAUAAAAAACACAUCCUUCAUUUGAGACUGGAUUUUUGGAAUGGAGAUGAUGCGGAGGGGGAUAGGAAAAGUGAUGUUGAAAUUCUGAAUGUCUUAGAAGGACCUCAGAAAUUGAAAAGUUUAGACAUUUGUAAUUACUCUAGCACCUUGUCUCCCAAGUCGAUCUCUUUACACAGUUUGAGAAGCCUUACUCUUCAUGGAUGGAGAUAUUGUGAAGUUUUGCCUCCUCUUGGGAAACUGCCGUCCCUUGAAAAUUUGAGAAUAAAUGAUAUGCCUAGUCUGAAAAAGGUUGGAGUUGAAUUUUUGGGAAUAGAAGAAACUCAAACACCAUCACACUCACCUACUAUUUUAUUCCCAAAAUUGAAACAACUCAGCUUCGACAGAGUUCGGGAUUGGGAAGAGUGGGAAGGAAAAAAAAUACACAAGGAAACUGUAAUGCAUACAUCAAGAUUAAGAUUGAUUCGCAAUAUUUUCUCAAGGAGUAAACUGUAA